UUCACGGGACAAGAUGGACUGUGGGGAGGCCUCUGACUUUGUGCACAAGAUACACCUGGUGGAUGAGAGGCCAUUCCGCCUGCCUUACCGGAGAGUGCCGCCGAGUCAAUAUGAGAAGCUGAGGAUGACUCUCAAUGAGAUGGAAGAAGAGGGCAUCAUUCGGAAAUCCACUAGCGAAUAUGCGUCUCCAUUGGUUCUAGUGUGGAAGAAGAAUGGGGAUUUGCGCAUUUGCACAGAUUUCAGGUGGCUUAAUGCGAGGACACAGCGGGAUGCCCACCCACUACCCCAUCAGGCUGAUGCUCUUGCCGCACUUGGGGGAAAUGUCUUCUUCUCCACCAUGGAUCUCACCUCAGGAUUCUAUAACGUGCCCCUGUUUGAGGAUCACAAGAAGUACACUGCUUUUUCGUCUCCUUUUGGCCUGCACGAAUAUAACCGGAUGCCACAGGGUUUAUCGAACAGCCCGGCUACAUUCAUGCGGAUGAUGCUUUCCAUUUUUGGUGACAAGAACUUCACAAGCCUUUUGUGCUAUCUUGACGAUCUCAUGGUCUUUGGUCCGACAGAACAGAUUGCGUUUGAGCGAUUGUAAAUGGUCUACUCCCGUUUGAAGAACCAUAAUCUCAGGCUAGCGCCGAAGAAGUGUCACUUUCUUCGGAGAUCUGUGAAGUUCCUCGGCCAUGUCAUCUCCGAGUCAGGGGUACAGACGAACCCCGGAAAGGUGGAAGCUAUAAACAAGGUGCAGGUGUCUGACUUGAUGGAUAGUGAUGGCCUCACUCCCUCGCAGAAGAAGAUUAGGUCUUUCUUAGGGAUGGUGCUGUAUUACCAGCACUUCAUUGAGGACUGCUCCGUCAAGGCCAAACCCCUGUUUAAGCUCCUUUCGGGUCAGAAGACUAGUGGUAAAGCCAGACGAAGGCCGAAACCUGCAUUGGAUGCUUCAAGUCAUGUGAAGUUGAAACCGGAAGACUGGACCACUGUGUGUCAAAGUGCCUUUCAGAUUUUGAAGCAUGACCUGUCACACAGUGUAACGUUGCAUCGGGCCGUCCUUUCCCAGCUUCAACCUGGUGACAAGGUUGCGAGACCAGUGGCUUUUGCGAGUAAAACGUUGUCGCGAGCCCAGUUGAACUAUCCUGCUUACAGGCUUGAAUUUCUUGCUUUGAAGUGGGCUAUUUGUGACAAGUUUUCCCACUGGCUGAAAGGCAGACACUUUACUGCCUGGUCUGACAACAACCCCUUGACCUAUAUUCUGACCAAGCCCAAGCUAGAUGCCUGCGAACAAAGAUGGGUGUCGAAGCUGGCGGCAUAUGACUUUGACCUGAAGUACGUUCCAGGACCCAAGAACACGGUGGAUGAUGCCCUGAGUCGAGAACCCUUCGUCCAGUCUUGUGUGAGUCAUCGUCUUGUGAAAGAGCCCUACCUGUCCUUACUGAAUGAGGUCCAAGGAGUUUUUAAUGAGACGGUACAGGAUGCUCUUCGUUUGACCAACAACUGUCAGGUCGUUCACACGGCUGGGGAUUACGAUGGAGGAGGUCCCCAGGGGGAAGCUCCCGAUCAGUCGUCUGGAAGUGCCCUUGGUGCAGAGGAGGUGUCUGCAGUUUUGGAUGUCCAUCAGGCUGGUGGUGUCUCUCGGCUCCGUGGAGCGACCCCAUUGUCACUACAGCUACCUGAAGAGGAUCCUUCCAUUGUCAUUCCCCAUAGCCAGUUACGCGAUCUGCAGCAGCAAGAUGCUGCAAUCAGCAGAGUACUCUUCUAUGUUCGGUGGCAUAUGAGACCCACUGCACGCGAGAGAGCAGCUGAGUCGAGCUGUGUGCUUAUGUUGUUGAGGCACUGGAAGAAGUUGAAAGUUCGUGAUGGGAUUCUAUACAGAGUUAGGAAACAUCGCCACACAAACCAUAAGGUCUCCCAGUUUGUCAUACCUGGGUCUCUGAAGCAUCAAGUUCUGCAUGGGGUUCAUGACAAAGCUGGUCAUCAGGGCUGUUCGAGGACGCUCUCUCUGGCGAGUGAAAGGUUCUUUUGGACUGGGAUGGAAAACGAUAUCACAAAGCACGUGAAGCAAUGCCAGAGAUGCAUCGUGGGUAAGACCCCUGAGCCGGACGCCCGGGCACCCCUGGAGAACAUCCGCACUUCCUCUCCAAUGGAACUAGUGUGCAUCGAUUUCUGGACAGCGGAGUCGGGUGACAAGAAAACCACUGAUGUCCUUGUUGUGACAGACCAUUUCUCAAAGUUGGCUCUUGCCUUCCCCUGCAGAAACCAGUCAGCAAAGCAGGUUGCCCGCUGCCUGUGGGAUAAGUUUUUCUGCAUCUAUGGGUUCCCCCAAAGGAUCUAUUCGGAUCAGGGAGCUAACUUUGAGAGUAGACUUAUCAAGGAUCUUCUCGAUUUGGCGGGUGUGCACAAGUCCCACACAACGCCGUAUCACCCCAUGGGUAAUGGCAUUGCGGAACGAUUUAACCGGACUCUUGGGGGCAUGAUCAGAACACUUCCCCCGAAGUCCAGGUCCAAAUGGCCACAGAUGUUGAACAAGCUGACUUUCUGCUAUAACUGCACAGUACAUGAGGCCACGGGCGUUGCACCAUUCUACUUGAUGUUUGGACGUGUCCCUCGCUUGCCCAUUGACAUUAUGUUCCAUCAUGUCUUGGAGAAUGCCAGUGUUGUUAGUCACAAUGAGUUUGUGAGCAACUUGAAGAAGGAUCUCUCUGAGGCCGCACAGAUUGCUCAACAGCAUGCACUCAAGGAACAGGCCCGUCACGCCCAGAUCUACAACCGCAAAGUCAAGGGUUCGCCAUUAGCUGUCGGUGACAGGGUGCUGCUAGCUAAUCGAGGCGAGAAGGGAAAAAGGAAAGUUGCUGAUCGUUGGGACUCGACCCCUUAUGACGUAGUGUCUGUGAGGCCAUCGAUCAAUGUGUACAGGAUCCGGGACGGUGCCACGGGCAGAGAGAAGGUCGUACACAGGAACUUACUGCUCCCGGUUGACUUCUUGACGUUCUCAGGUCAGAUGGGUCAUGUUCAGAUGGGUCGGAAAUGGAUGCACGUUGUGGGAGUGACGAGCUCAGUUUUUGAUGAUCAGGAGGACGCUCGCCUGCGCACUGAGAACUGGCUCAUGCAGUCACCAGUUCAGGCCGAGGUAGAACAUGAGUGCUUCUCUGCGGAACCCGACUCUGUUGAUGCGCGUCAAGAGGACGUCAGUGAGAGAGGUCAGUCAGUGGGCCAUGACAUCUACACACAGACUGAACCAUUGACAGAUCCGGUGCUUGACAUGAUACACUCGUCUUCCGACACGCCCCCAGUUGAGACUGAACUAGAGGAGGUGGUUUGCACACAACCUCACGACGCGGAGGGCCCCGUCACUUUCACAAGGUGCGGUAGAACAGUUAAGCCCCCUGUUAGACUUAUAUGUGAGAUGUCCUAUCAAAGAGUCGUGAUGCCAACAUCGAUAUGAGUUUAGUAUGACCAUUUAAUUCUUUUUUUUUGUUGCUAAUGCUGUGUGCCUUUUGUCACCAUUAUAUCUUAAUGGCUCCUUAUUAAUGGGUGUUGUUAUGUGCAGUUUUGUGAAAUGUAAAUGGCA